UACCGUAAACAAUGGUAUAUUUCUAUGUGUGUGUAGCUUGCUCGUUCGUUUGGUUGACAAUCGCGAUGUGAUGUAUCCUACAUCAUCGCAUGCUGAGUUAUAUUUUCAACAAAUCUUUUUAAUUUUUAUAUUAGUUACAACAUUUAUUUCUAGAUGUUUUCUUUCAUUGUGGUCACGUUUCUCUGUUUUGAUUUCUAAAUAUGUGUAAUUUGCCGCCGAAGUUCCAUUCAGUGUGUCGCCUUUGUUUAUCAUUCUGUGGCGAUAAUUGCAGUGAUGUUAAACUUCCAAUAUUCGACCGUGAUAAGGAUAAAUCACGACUUUCCGAGAUGAUAAUGACAUAUUUGUCAAUAAUGGUAUCACCGGAAGACAUGCUGCCACAGGUGGUUUGUGGGAGUUGUGCACACAAGCUUGAUGAGUUUCAUACAUUUAGAGAAUUGUCACAUAAAUCUGAGCUUCUGUUGGAACAAUUUGUACAGUAUGCCAAUUCACUGACUGGUACAAAAGAGGAUAUCCUGCACAUAACGGCGGACAAAUUAGAAGAAAUAAUAAGGCCACUGAACGAUAGUGAGUAUGAUGAUGUUAGUAAACACAAAUAUUCCGAAAUCGGUUCCCCUGACUCUACGGAGGAAAUGAAAAACUUGGAGAGCCGGCAGGCGGCGGUGACACUGCUUCAAAUAAAAAACUACGAUCCGACUAAAUACGCUAUCAAGACUGAGGAAAGUCCUCACAUAAUGUUCAACAGCGGACCGAGUUUACCGCCUUCCGAUAGAGCGAGAGAGGUUAUGCAUUGUAAUGCCGUCAUCGAUAUUAUAAGCAAAGCUGUUACGGUCGCGCAGCGAGAAAACGAAGAAUCUCAGAAUUUCCCGCCUAACUAUACGAGCGUCAUUGACAGGACGCAUGCGCCCAGUGCCAGCGAAGUUACCUAUGCGCAGGAGUACUCCGAGGAGCAAUAUAGCACGUACAAUCCUCCGCAAAGCGCUACCAGUCCAGGUAGCAACGAUGACCAUGACCAUAAAGAAAUGGACCUCUCACUAUACGGUUCAGUCAAGAACGAAUCAGUGGAACCGAGCGAACACGCAGAACGUGACGUCACGGGGUCGUACCUUCAAAGAUCGUUAACAAGCAAUAAAACAUCUAGCUUCGCAGAUGAGUACAAACAACACAUAUUUGGACGAACAUGCAACAAAACAAAACAGUCACAAGAGAACUCAGUGUAUGAGGAAUGCAGUCAAAGCAGUAGUGGUUCAGAUCCAGACAGAUUACAGAUGGACAUAUCUGAGGUGUCGCAGGACGACCCCGAAGAAACCCAGUCGGUGCCAUCAGCCCAGUCCUCUCCGAAACCGCCGCACGAAAACGAAGGUGACAAGGAUUCUUUAUGGCAGGCCCUUCAUAGACAAAACGGCACCAACACCGCCACUGACUUUGCUGCGUGUGUUAAAGGUCGUGGCGGAGAAGCGACGCAGCUUCUGAGGCGGUUGAUCAACAGCAAACACCUGGGUAUGACCGUGUCACCGCUGCGAGGCACGACGUCACCUCUCCCUGCGCCGAUGCUGCCUAACGGUGCCGUUUCGCCGAACGGCGAGUGGUCGAACUCGGGCCGCGGGGCGGCGGGCGGCCCGGGCGGCACGGCGCGCAGGAAGCAGAGCUGUCCGGCGCGCGCGCAGCCCCUGCACGAGGCAUCCAACGUCUGGCCCAUCACGCACGAUAAUCAGGAGGUCAACGAGAGUGCGACGGGGGGAGGCGCGACGGGCGCGUCGGGAGCGGCGGGCGCGGGGGCAGCGGGGCGGGGCGCGCCGCGCGUCGAGCUGUCGUGCAGCAACUGCGGCACGCACACCACCACCAUCUGGAGGCGCGACGCGCGCGGGGAGAUGGUGUGCAACGCGUGCGGCCUCUACUACAAGCUGCACGGCGUGCCGCGACCCACCGCCAUGCGCCGCGACACCAUACACACGCGCCGCCGGCGACCGCGCCACGACGCCAAGCACCCCAGAAACAAGUCGCGUCGCAGCGGUAGUGGCGGAAGCGAGGGCGGAGGCGCGGGCGGUGGCACGGAGGCGGUGGCGGAGGGCGGCGCGCGCGGCGGGGAGGGCGCGGAGGAGGCCGUGCUGGCGGCGCUGCGGCGCCAGCUGCAGCCGCACCUGCUGGCCGCGCUGCACGCGCACUCGCCGCGCUCGCACACGCAGACGCACACGCACCGCUCGCAGGUGGGACGAAGUAUUUCCGAGUACGACGAAGCGCCACUCAAUCUGGUGGCGAGUCACGUGGCCGCGGAGGAAACGCACUGACUGCCCUGUGAUACGCUCACUACUACGAGUACUUCGUAACUUUGCCAGUACUGCAGAACUGUCUGCGCCCCCUCCUAGCCUCGUAUGCGACCAUUAUAAGUACUAUGGGCACUGCCUGAGCUCAACAUGUUCUAAUUUUAAACCGCGUUUAUAAAAACGGCCAGUUACAAACCAUAGACAAUUUCGAAAUGCGCCAAAGCUAUGACUGUCAAAAGAUUUGAGAUUAAUGUUUACUCAUUUUAAAUAAUCGUUAAACAGUCACAAAUAAUAAAAGAUCUUUUAAUAUAAUAAGUAUAUCCAAGAAUUUCGACUAGUUAUCUCAAGGUGAAAGCCUCUCUAUUGUUAAAUUGCAAUUGUAUUUUCGUAACUUUACGAAAAAAAAAAUCGCAAACGUUAAUGGAAUCUAAAUUUGAACUAUAAAAUAUUUUCACUUAAACAAAAUAGAAAUAGUUAAUACUAUAGAUAAAUAUUACAAUUUAUAAAUAUUUUUCUACAUUAAUGUAUAUUUCAAAUAUAUUUGUCUCUAUAAGUAUUAAAACAGUAUAAUUAAUAGUUAUAUAUCGUAAUAGAGUACAAUCAAUUAAAGCACUCGUUUAAAUUUAGGUUCCUCGUGAUUACACUAAUGGUAUUUCCUCACAGAUCUGAUUUACAAAAAAAAAUGUAGUUUAACAAAAGCAUUAAUUAAAGCAAUAUUUGCCGCGGUCAGAGGUAAUUCAUAGUGCCUAUAGGAUAGGUAUAAUGGUACCAAUGUUUAUCAGAUGUUCGAAUAUUUUCCCCUACAUUGUGAUAUCUAAACAAUUAAUAAUGUAUGUUGUGGUACGAGAAUCUAAUAUGUGAAUAUUUUAUCGUAUUCGUUUUGUCUUAAUUCGUUUUCCUAACUCGAACGAGUGAGUUCGCUUUCGCGAAUGUACUCCAAUGUGACUCUAAAUCGAUUGCAAACGAUCGUCGAGUUCGAAACCUUGCCUUAAAUGCUCUCUUGAUAUUGAUGAAAUUAUAUUUACGGUUACCUAUUGCAGGAAGCAAGUAUUCAUUUAGGAUUAGGUCAGUAUAAGGAUAUUGUAAAUUUUUAUUAUUUACUUAGUUUUAAUGAUGAUUCGUAAAAUAUAUAGUUAUUUAUUUCCCAUUUCGGUCAGUAUUUAAAUGUAAGUAUUUUAUUUUCGAUUUAGACGAGUAUUUUUUCGUUUAUAAUUCUAAGGUACGAUACGGUCUGUUUCAGAGCAAUAAUAAUUGAGUCUCACCAUACAAUAGUGUAAGCGAAAUUGACGUAGAUAUUUUCAAAAGCUUAGGUUACAUAGGUCGAUAAACGAGCAAUAAUAUUAUGUAGUAAUCUUCCCAUGACACAUAUUUAACUAUAUAUUAUAUAUAUACAUAUUAUAUACAUAGGUAGCAUCGCACAUUUUUAAUCUGCAUGAUGCCGUUAUACUUAAUAUACUUUUUUGUAUUAAUUAUAGAGUUUAGUUUUAGUUGUUGAGAAAUUAAGGAACCAAUAUUGAAUAUUCCACUACGUUGAAUGUCACGCGUUCUGGGUAAGCAUUCAAAAUAAUACGCAUUACCAAAUCGUCGUGGCAUUAUCUUAUUUUUUUAACGGAAUCACCUCAUUGUGGUCAGUGUUUUGUAAAUAAUUGUGUUGAAAGCGGAAGGCAUUUACAUUACUUGUAAUUAACACGGGGCCGUUUAGUCGUCGCCGAUCCUCUAUCUUAACUCAUUCGAUCACCGUCCUUUACUUAACGUCUCUACUUAAUUUAGCAUUAAUUUAUUUAUUGUAUGAAUCCCCACGGGCCAGUAAAAUAAAAACAGUCUUUGAGACAUUGUGAUAUCUUUAGCUAGAGCUUGCUUACCUUUUAUACGUUUUUAUGCAAACGGUCGAACUACGUAACUUCUGUUGCAGCUAAUGUUUAUAUAUUAUCACGAACGCGUGAAUAUUAUUGUAUUUGAAAAGCUUUAAAAAAUUGAGAUUAUUUAUCCUUUGUAAUUGGGAUCACUUCGUAGAUAAUGAUGCUGUUGUAUUUGUAAACGGCAUCGCUUACCCUUUUUCCCAAUAUAAUGCAAUUUACCUUGACAAUAAAAUUAUUGACCUUAUAGCGGAUAAUUUACCAUAUUCAAAUAAUCUCUAAAUUACGCUCUCUAUAUUCCUGCUCUCUCUCUCUUAACGAUAUGAAAAUGGCUAUCGUUUAAAGGCGUUGUGAAACGAGUAUUAAAAAUGUUCGAAACAAAUUUAAAUAUGUAACAUUUGAUAUUAUUUUUGUUUCGUUUAGGGUAUAUUCAUUUCGUUUAAAUAAUAUCAAUGGAUUCAGUGAAUGUAUAAUCGACUUGUGGUUUGGUCGCGUCGCGUCGUAUUCGUACGUUUUGCUUUCCCACUAACAUUGCUGCUCGCAGUAGUGAUACAGUAUUAUUUUUGUUCAUUAUUACUCUGUACAUUUUCUUAGUUGUAUUACAUUUUAAGUUUUAUCUAGAAUACAUAAAACUUUGGUUUGACGAUUGGUUGAAUCUCUUACAAAAUCACCUCAUAGCGAUAUAUAUAUAUUAUUUAUAUACACACGAUUAGUAAUAUUUUUCAAGAUUGUAUUCAAUCGUAAAUUCGAAGUCUUCGAAAUUGAGAUGCAGUUGCGUUAUGUUAAAACUAUUCGGUUAUUUAUGACUUAGAUAUAAUUUACGGAUUACGGUAUUAAGAUAUGUGAACAAUGUAUAUCGACUUACUAACAAACCGGUUGUGUUGUGUGCUUACGUCUAACAAGCAUGUGUUUGUGAUUUUGUUUCGAAUCUCGUCUGUGCCGUACACGGUCAGGGUUCACGUUUAUUUUGUUAUAAUGUAAUUUAUGCUGAAAUAUUGGCUUUUAUAUUUUAAAAAAAUAAUUCCACAUUGUAAAAAUAUUACGAUAAUAAGACUGACGGUCAAUCUCUAAAAAUGUCUUCUGUAUUAUUUUAUACGUAACAUUAAAAUCUUCUGCUCCACAGUGGAGACUGUAUUAUCGAUGAAAGUAUUCAAAUCGAUAUGUGAUAUGUGUUAAGUGUGUGUGUUUCCGAAAAGCAAUAACAUUGUGAUACGUAGAGAUGAGCAAUUGUAUGCACUAAACUCAAGUUAUUCCGCAUAAUGUAAAGUGAAUAAUGUCAAUUAAAAUUAUAAACGGCUGGAUACCGAGCUCACAAUUACUGGAUAUACAGAAUAUACUUUACUUUUUUAUUCAUUAUUUUCAAUAGUCUAGUAUUUGUGAGUUCAUAUCGAGUUUUCAACGAUUCCAUGUAAAAGAGUAGGGUUAAUAAGAUCUUCUGUGACACUUCGCUCUAAAAUAAAAUUGUUCUAUACUAUACGGUACACGUCUUCUUUUCGAAUUGUAUCAGUUUUAUUACUGUAUUUGUAAAAUAUCUACUUUUUCCAGUAAACUUAAAGGACCACGAAUUUGUUGAUUGUCUUUAAAUUUGUUGAUCGUGUCAAAUAACGUACACUCAUUUCAACGUAAGUUUCAGCAUAAAUUAUCCGCAAGUGACGUUCUCGAGGCGUCGCUGGAAUACUCAUUGUGAAACAUUAGUUAUUGUUGUAUAGAUGAUAAAUAAUGUGACUUACGCAGGGAUGGAUACUUAAAUUAUUAAAUUUUAACUGAUAUAUUGGCUAUGUAGUGAGUAGAAUAUUUUUUUACAAAUAAAAUAU